CUUCGUCCUCCUCCUCCGUGUGCCCAGCGCAGCCCCCAGGUCGUGGCUCCCCUCGCCCAGCCGGGAACAAACCAGCUCUGUGAGGGCACACAGAGCAGCCUUCAUCACCGCGGGUCCCCAGCCCCCCUCCUCAUCCUCCCCCGUGCCCCCGGGCCUGUCAAUAGUGGGAUUGUGCAGGGCAGGGGCAGGUGCUGGAGCGGGGGCACGACCAGUGGGAUGGGGCACGUCACCCCCCUGGCAUCGAGGAGCCCCUGCCCGCCCUCCUCUGGUGGCUGCGGUGGCACUUCCCUGCCCCUCGCAGACCUGGACAAGCUGCUGUCGGACCUGCGGUCCUUCCUGCUCAUCCUGGACCGGGAGAGCCUCAGCGCCGCGGCUCGGGCCAAGAAAAAGUCGGUGUCCGACCUGCUGUCCCGGCUGCAGAGCCCCCCGUCAGAGGAUGCAGAGUACAUGAUCAUGCGCUGCCUCUCGCCCUCCCCGGGGACCCCGCAGGGCUGGACCGGCCCGGGAUCCAGGACGGCGGAUGCAGCGGGAGGGAGAGGCCGCGAGUGCCGCCCGGCCAGCGCCCCCAGCCUGCACGGAGCGAACAAGGUGCUGGGGGGUGUCUCACCGUCCCCACCGGCCGACGACUCGUACGAAGACGCCGAACCCCAGAGCGGAUGCUCCGGCGGGGCCGACACCGACAGCAGCCACUACGAGUCGUACGAGGAGGAGGAGGAGGGUGUGACGGACCGUGCCCACUACCUGAGGUGGCCGCUGGGCACCAGCCCCGAGGCCGAGCCCCCCCGGGCGCCCCGAGGCCCAGCUCUGCGGCUUCCUCUGGAGGAAACGCUGGCUGGGACAGUGGGCAAAGCAGCUCUUCAUCGUCCGGGAGCACGUGCUGCUGUGCUUCAGGUGUGCCGCCGACCUGCAGCCGGUGCUGGAGCUGGACCUGCGGGGCUGCCGUGUCACCUACAAGGACAAGAGAGGCAAGAAGAUGCCACACGCCCUGAAGGUGACAGGCACAGCAGGAGAGGUGCUGGUCAUCGGCUUCCAGAGCCGGCAGCAGGCUGAGGACUGGAGGAAGGUUUGGAGGUGAUCGAGGAGGUCAGCAGCGAUGCCCCUGGGGGGCUGGCAGCCCUCAGCGCCCCGGCGUCCCCUUCCUCGAGGCUCAGCAGGGUGAGCUUGUCCAGGGAGACCCAGGCACGGGAGAGGGCCAGGAGCACACCCGAUUCCACGUCCUGGUGGCCCUGCUGGGUGACACCGGGGAAGGGUUGGCUUGG